ACCUUCGAUCGGUUCGCCAUGGACUGUUCUAGGAUCAGCACGGUUUAACUACGACUCUAACCAUAGAGCGGUAAGUAAGAAUACUGUCAGCAACUUGCGUCUGAUUCAAGUUACUGGCACAAUAACCUAUGAGGAACCAACGAUUGUUUUGUAACUACUAUAAAAGCUAACUUCUAUUUGACAAUAACUGAAAAACAGUCAGAAAGUUACACUAAUUUUACAAGAACAGCAAAGAACACAUUAAAACUAUUUGAUGCCACCUGGUUUAAACCAAAAGUGAUUAAUCUUGGAAAAGACUGAAAAUGGAUCCAUCUUCUGGAAUGCACAUGCCCCCUGUACCAUCAAACAGUGAGGUUGUCCAUGUGACUGUUGGAAAUCCCAUCAUAACAAUGUAUCAGACUCCGCCUCAAGCCCCAAAUAUUGCACAGAUCAUUACACAGCACGUAAUUCCGCAAGAUGUCUCAUGUCAAAAUAUACAGCAUACAGUUCCAUCACAAGUCCAGAUGUCAUCGCAAGCCCAGAUGUCUCUACAUGGCCAUAAUCAAGGUCGUGUUCAAACACAAACCCAUGUCCAGUCACAAAGCCACGGGCAAGCACAAAGCCAUGGCCUGUCACAAAGCCACGGGCAAGCACAAACCCAUGGCCCGUCACAAGUCCAUGUUCCUAUACAAGGCCCAUCAGAGAACCAGAGCGUACCAGCUUCUCAGGAUGGAGCCAGGUCAUCAUUACAGGUCCCCUUUGCAGAAGUGGCCUCCUUGUUAGAUCCCAACAUGAAGAGCUCAAAAGCACGGAAGUACCAAAUCCAUUAUGAGGAAGUAAAACGGAGACUGGAGCCACCUGAGAAGAUGUCUCUCAGAUCUCUGGCUGCCUACACUAGAGUGAGCCGAGGCCCAGCUAGUAAAAAAACUCUUCUAGAAUCACUGAAUGUUUUUGGCCUGUCACCAAGCACCAACACAGCAGUGUCCAGCUCUUUCUCCAAACUCACUGAAGGUGACACAGAAGCACUGUGUAAAGAUAUGAAAGACUUUGCCUUACAGUAUGUGGAUUAUGAAAACAUGGCGAAACAGUUACUGCCUGAGACAAACCAGGUGCAACACUGGUCAAAAAUUAUUGAAACAAGGAACUAUCUGGAAGAGAUGCGGAAAGUUUUCAAAGAGCCAGCUAAUAGUCGCUUGUUUUCCAACGUCACACACGGCCUCGGUAAUGGCAUGAUGGAUGUGGCUCUUGACAUUAUCGAUGCAGUAAUUGACCGGCAGAUCCGCAUCCUCUCUGGUAACACAGACCCAAAGCCGGAGCUUCCCAUCAAGAGGACCCGUAAGCGCACCCGUAAGCCCAAGGCCACCACGGAGGAUGGCAAGCCCAAAGACAAGGGCAAAAGAGGCAGAAAGAAAGGCAAACAGAUGCGCCUGGAUCCUUCGGUUCCACAGGUCCCUCAGUCCACAGACAUAGAGAGCAGUGUCCUGACCCUGGUGUCUGUGGGAUAUGAGACCAUAUCGAGUGGGCUCGGGGCCACCAGCGCAGGUCUGGUGUAGUGUGCACCAUGGGUCAUCCAAGGAGUGAACGCUGAGUGCCCCUUUGUUGUAAAGUGCAUUUUAGUUUUGUUAGUUUUUUGAUUACUUUCAAAUGUUAAAUCUGUUUUCUUUUUGGACUUCUAAAAUGGUGGGGGGUUUUUUAUCCCUGUCAAUUGUAGAUAAAAAUCAGUCUUUGUACAAUUCAUUUGGCAAGGAAUGCUAUUUACUGCAUUCAGGGUAUCUCAGUUAAAAAGGUCUUUUCAUGUCUUCCAUUUUGUUUCAGGUCUUAUCUUUUGUUCCAUUCUCCUUUUGGCUUUGACCUAACAUCAUGUAUACAUGGAGCACAUAUAAUGUUGGAAAACUGAUGUUUUUUUGAGAAGUGCAAGGCAUAUGAAGUGAAACCCAAGUCUACAGUCAUUUAAAUAUUACAUCACUGCUGAUUCUCUUAUUCUGUUAUCACAAAGCAAUUUAAAUUGAGUAAUGCCUUAUCUGUCUAUGGACUGCCAAAUUUUUGCAAAAGGAUUUAUGGACUAUUUAUAUAUUUUCUCUCUUUUUUUUAAUCAACAUGUGGUCUACUGAGUAAUCAGAGAAUGACUGUAGCCUGAAUUCAGAAAGUUCUUCAGACUGCUCAUUUGCAUUUAUUAAAAAUUUAAGUUUUUUAAAUGA